AUGCUUAACAGAACCAUUGCUAAAAGAACUUUAGCUACUGCUGCCCAGGCGGAACGUACCCUACCCAAGAAGUAUGGUGGUCGUUUCACCGUCACUUUGAUACCAGGUGACGGUGUUGGGAAAGAAAUCACUGAUUCAGUAAGAACCAUUUUUGAGGCUGAAAAUAUCCCGAUCGACUGGGAAACCAUAAAUAUCAAGCAAACAGAUCACAAGGAGGGCGUCUAUGAGGCUGUUGAGUCUCUAAAGAGAAACAAGAUUGGUUUAAAAGGGUUAUGGCAUACUCCUGCUGACCAAACAGGUCAUGGUUCACUAAACGUUGCUUUGCGUAAACAACUUGAUAUCUACGCCAAUGUGGCCCUUUUCAAAUCCUUGAAGGGUGUCAAAACUAGAAUCCCAGACAUAGAUUUGAUUGUCAUUAGAGAAAACACAGAAGGUGAGUUCUCAGGUCUGGAACAUGAAUCCGUCCCCGGCGUUGUAGAAUCUCUGAAGGUUAUGACUAGACCCAAGACAGAAAGGAUCGCCAGAUUCGCCUUUGAUUUCGCCAAGAAAUACAAUAGAAAAGCUGUCACCGCUGUGCAUAAGGCAAAUAUCAUGAAAUUAGGUGACGGUCUGUUCAGGAACAUAAUCACUGAAAUCGGUCAAAAGGAAUAUCCUGAUAUCAACGUAUCGUCCAUCAUCGUUGACAAUGCCUCCAUGCAAGCAGUGGCUAAGCCUCAUCAAUUUGAUGUUCUAGUUACUCCUUCAAUGUACGGUACCAUCUUAGGUAACAUCGGCGCUGCUUUGAUCGGUGGUCCGGGUUUGGUGGCAGGUGCCAACUUCGGUAGGGACUAUGCUGUCUUCGAACCAGGCUCUAGACAUGUUGGUUUAGACAUCAAAGGCCAAAAUGUGGCCAACCCAACUGCCAUGAUCCUUUCCUCUGCGUUAAUGUUGAACCAUUUAGGUUUGAAUGAAUAUGCUACCAGAAUCUCAAAGGCGGUUCAUGAAACAAUCGCAGAAGGUAAGCAUACCACUAGAGAUAUCGGUGGUUCCUCCUCCACUACUGAUUUCACGAAUGAAAUCAUUAACAAAUUAUCUACCAUGUAA